CACACACCCACGAUGGGUGUGUAUACUGUAUGUGAGUGCGACGGAGCGCAAUAUUUGUGCGGACUCGAAGCGCAGAAAACUCGGAACCACACAUAAAGAGAGAAAUAAAUAAGGAUUCGAGCACUGAACCGAUCAGGGAUCUAUAGACACGGAAUCACAAGGAUUGAGUCUCCGACAGAAGCCUUUUUCCUUUAGACCUGCUGCCAUUUACGAUUCAUCUGCAUGGUCCAGCAUCUUGACAGAGACUGAUUUAUAUAUGCAUUACAAACAGCUAGUUUUAAAACCCUCUGAUGCUAUCGUUAUCUUUUGUAUCUGAUUAUUGGUGUAACUGACUCCACGAUCAAGGCUUCGUGACAGUGGCAAUGGUAAGCCUAAUGCACAUUUAGCCUUCUUCUCCGAUAUACGACCUGAAGGACUGCAGUGGAAGACGGGUUUCCCUGGGAUACGUUUGGAUUUUUUUUUCUUAUCGUCUUAGGGGACACGAUCAGCACUUGCAUUUUGAAACAUUGAAUCUGUUCUAAUGGCCGUCUUUUAUUCUUGACACCUCUGUCCAGAAGGGAGAAUAUCAUCAAUUAUUUUAUAGAGUGUCGCUAUUAUCAGCUAUGAUGUAGACGCUCACGUCUAACCCGUCUUCAUCAGUGUUAAUUAGCCUAUUGAGUAUUAAUUACGAUCAACACACAGGGCCUUCUUGCGAUUUCGGUCAUCAAAAUGCCGGCUGGAAUGAAGCCUCUUGAAAAGUUCUUGAAGAAGCAGACCAACGCACUCACGCGGGCCGGUGGUUUCGGGGAUAAGGCCACCGGCACCGGGGCAUCGAGGCGGCGGGCCAGCCUGUCCCGUGUGGUGCCGUUCUUCAGGGAGACGUCUCCCGAGAGCGGUCCGGCCAGGGAGGUGUUCAGCCCGGAAACAGAAGAAGCUCCCUGCUGGCCCUCCGCCACUGCAGACAUCAGAAGCCCGUCGCUGUCCAGCGACGAGCAGAGCUCGGAGGCGAGUCUGGACACGAAUUGGACCCCGCUGCCCGCAGACACUCCAGAGAAUCUAGCGCUGGCGCUGCUGGACAGUGUGGCGGGAAAGCGGUACGGCAACUGUACAGAAAUACUUCUGGAUGACUUCAUGCUGACACACCCAAUCUUCCUUGCCCCAGACAAGUUCCAGCAGGUCUUGCUUCAGCAAUUCAGUGCAGAGGGCAAGCAGGGUGAGGGCUGGCCUGGCUGGGAUGGAGCGGAGCGGAAACUUGCGGUGCUGACUGUUGCCUUCCGCUACCUGGACACAUACAGAGACUUACUGCAGGAGGAGGGAGACCGAUCCAACACCUUCCCAAAGGAGCUGUAUUUGUGUGCUGUUCAGGAGCUCAGCCGCUUUCCUGAACUGGUGGAGGACGUCCUGAAACUUCAGCGCUGGACUGAGAUACUACAUAGCCCGGCGGAGGAGGACAAGGAAAGUCGUAAGAAGCAAGUACGUCCACUCUUCCGACAUUUCAGACGUAUCGACGCCUGCCUGCAGCCCCGAGAGGCUUUCCGUGGCUCGGACGAGAUAUUCUGCAGGGUUUAUACGCCAGAUCACUCAUACGUGACCAUUCGAAGUCGCCUGUCGUGCCGUGUUGGAGAGAUCUUGGCCCUUGUGAGGGAGAAGCUCCAGUAUAGCGAGGAUCAGCCCACCCAACCUGCCAACCUCAUACUGGUGGCCGUCACCUCGUCUGGGGAGAAGGCAGUAUUCCGUCCAAGCGACGAGGCCGUUUUCACCACCCUGGGCGUCAACACCCACCUGUUCGCCUGUGAGCCCUCUGAACUGGAGAGCCUGAUACCUCUCCCUGAGGAGAUCCACUGGUCACCAGGCGACAGCAAACUCCAUGACAUGAGCGCCGAGGAAGUGGCCAAUCAGCUGGUUGUGUUUGACUGGGAACUCUUCAGCUGUGUACAUGAGGUGGAGUUUGUAUGUUACGUGUUCCAUGGGGAACAGGCUCGCUGGCGCCCCCUCAACCUGGAACUGAUCCUGCAGCGAUGCAGUGAAGUGCAGCACUGGGUCGCCACAGAGAUCCUGCAGUGCCAGUCACUUCCGAAGAGGAUACAACUACUGCGCAAGUUUAUAAAGAUUGCAGCCUUAUGUAAACAGCAGCAGGACCUGCUGUCUUUUUUGGCGCUGGUUUUGGGACUGGACAACCCUGCAGUCAGCCGCCUACGUCUCACCUGGGAAGGUUUGCCUGGAAAGUUUCGGAAGCAAUAUCAGCAGUUUGAAAGCAUUGCGGACCCAUCCAGGAACCACAAGUCAUACAGAGACCUUCUAGCCAGCCUGAGAGCCCCGCUAAUACCCUUCACUCCACUGCUGCUAAAGGAUCUGACCUUCCUCCAUGAGAGCUGUAAGACUUUCCAUGGGGAACUGGUAAAUUUCGAAAAGAUGCACAAAGUGGCAGAGAUGGUUCGAAGCAUCAGGCGGUAUAGGAGCACUCAGCUAGCAAUGGAGGCAGAGCCAUCCCCUUCUCAUCUUCAGACAAAAGCGUAUGUUCGGCAACUUCAGGUCAUCGACAAUCAGAACCUGCUGUUUGAGAUGUCCAGCAAGAUGGAGCCAAAAGACAUGUGAAGGGACCAAGCGCACCUACAAGCCAUAUCUACAAAACCCUCUUGAUCUUUUCAAUAACCCCCAGACACCCACCUUUCAUUCUCUAUUGUCGCAGAUCAACCCAGCUGGGCUGUCAAUCAUCUCAGGCUCCGCCUGAACAAGGAGAAUUGUUCAUGAUGUGAAUUGUGAUUUGAGUGAAUCUGUGUCAAUGUUAGUUACGACCACCCAUUAGGGUCUAGGUUUUGCUUCCACGUUUUUUUUGUGCUGUUUAGGACUGAAAGGAAAGCUUUCCUAAUUGCACUGCCAUCAGUUGGACUGAACCAAACUGACACCCAUCCGGGUCACCGCCAUAAGCUUAAUAUUUACAACUUUCCAUCCAGGCCGGCAGAAACACAGACUGUGUUUUCCCCCUCAAACAUCAGACAAUCUGACCUCUUGAACUUCGACGUUCGGUCUUCCCUCCUCCACCGCCAACAUUGGCACUUACUGCAACCCUUUGCGACUUGGUUGCAUUAAUUAGUUAGUGUUCUGUACCAAAAAAAUAAAAAUAAAAUAAAGGAUCCCCAGCCAUCAAAUCCACUUUAGUCCACAAGUCCCAAAUCCAAGACCAGCUCCUACGUACAGGAUAUUCUCUAUAUCCUGAUUAAUAUGGAAUGUUAAUAAGAAAGUCUGAAGAGAUUUAAAGUAAUAGAAGCCAAACAAGACACUCACCUGGUCACACUCCUCACUUAUUUAAAAUUGAUAACAGACCAAAAACAAGUGACCAAAUGCAGUAUUUUUAGCUUGUUUUUUUAAGCCUUGACAGAACCUCUCAUUACUUUAUUAUUAACCUCUACUAUACUGUCAAUAUGGAUCGUUCCUGGUGGCCCAACCUAGUUUCAAAUGUAGAACUUUACAUGGUCAAGCACUUUUUGUCAGUAUGUCCUUGUUAUGUUGAAAGGGCCGACAGUAUACAGUAAAGUCAAAGGAAAAGUUGAUUUUGUAUUUGGAUAAGAAUCAGUUUACUUGCCCCCAAAUUUUCUCCUGAACUGUCAUAAGCUAAAAAGACAAAAUGGGCUCAGAUCAGGUGAAAAACUGUACGGGAUGACUUGUCUUGGAUUGGACUCUCUCAGGAUCUCCUGAGAGUCAUACAUGAGACUGUCUUUAAGGCUGCAGUGUACAAAUGUAAAUAGUGGAAAUAAAUAUGAAUAUUACUCUAUUUUAUGUAAGAGCUAUGAGAUGGACUCUCAAGAAGAAUUUUUGUUUUGUAAAUCUAAGAAAAAAUUGUAUGUGUACAGUUUAAAAGGCGACAACCCGGACAGAGUCUAUGGUUUUGCGAUGAAAGAAUUGUAUAGCAUAUUUGCUGGUUUUGUUGUUUCCGUUUGAUAUCAUUUGUUAUCCAUUACAGAUGACUUGUACAUAUCCUCUGUUUUGGUUGCAUAGAUUUUUUUUUUGCAUUGUCUGUCUGCAAUGGAUGAUUUGUACAGCAUGUUGGUGGUAUAGCUGGAUUCUGCUGUUAUUAUUUUGUUAAAGUUUUCUCAUUGUUUUAUUUGAUCUUUUUAAAGCGGGUAUUAUCUUGUUGUUUUGGUUUUGUACAGAAGUCCGUGUUUACAGUGCAAUUCUCUGAAACUCAGACAUGUUCAAUGAAAGACAGCAGGGCGGUGCAGGUAAAACUGCUCUGACCCCUUUCUUCAUAUGAGAUAAAAAGCAUAUAAAAUAAAGCCUCUUGUGAUGCGCACUUGAGACAUUGCUUCAGAAAACAGUGUGCAUAAGAUGCUGUGCAUUUCUGUGGUGCGAAAAUGACAAUGAAUUCUAUAUUGCAUAAAAACCAAAACUUUCCAGGCAAAAAAUUAUUAGUAUGUAGUUUAGACUUAUUAGGACCUCUUGAGCAACAUUGAGUCGAGAUCACAACAUUGAUACCUAAUGGUUCCCAUUAUGAGUUUUAAACCUGCAACCAUUUGGUUACCAGUCCAAAUUUCUACACCACACUGCCACAAAGAUGUUAAUAAAUUACUAUAACUGUACAGUUAAAUCUUAUGUGCACCCAAAACCGCACACUUCUGCACUAUUUUAUGUCAUUUCGAAGUGUAAGUAGAGCGAGUAUGUUAACACUGGGGAAGAAAAAAAAAAAAAAAGUAUACAAUGAGUACCCGGAUGAUGCACUUCUUUAACCGUCCAUCAAAACGCCCCUUGUCUCAGUGCAGCUGAAUGUGGUACAAAUCAGAUUUUUUUUUUUUUUAAACGUAUGUAACACAGAUCUGUUAAUUAGUCAUUAUUUAUCAAGACUGCCUUUUUCCAUCACUUGUUUAUAUAGGCGACAGUAUUAUUAUAUAUAGGCAUUAAGUGUCCUAUUUGAGUUAAAAAUUAUGGCUAAUUACAAUUUUAAUUCUAAUUAAAUUAUACAUUUUAUAAUAAUGAUCAUGGCAGGGUUUGUUAUGCACAUGCGAGUCAGUUCAUCAGCUGUUCAGACCAGUAUAUGAAAUGGGCUGAAUUUCAAAUGUGACGUGAACAGCCUUAAAAAAAAAAAUAAAAAAAAUGUGUAAAUGUAACCAAUGUGCAUACUGCAUACUAUCCGUCCUAUAUAGUUUGCGAGUUGAGAUUUAGUGCGUCUCAAAUCAUAGUAUUUUCACACACACACACACACACAAAAGUGUGCCAAUGACCUUAUUCACAGCAGCGCCAUCUUUGAUUUUUGACGAGAAUGACAACGUGGCUGUGAGGAAUAGACUGUCUCUUCAAUGGGCUGUACUGCAGUUUAAAGUGUUUUUGGAUCAUUCCAAUCAUCAGUAGACCAAAAAAAAAAAAAAAAAAAAAACUCAGGAAAAUCAGAUGUGAUCUAGGAUGUUUAUACAGCUUUAUACCGUGCCAUUGAAGAGAUUGUAAGUCUAUCCCUUACAGCCACGUUUUCGUUCCCAUUAAAAAUCAAAGAUGGCGUUACCGUGAAUAAGGUCUAUUUCAGGUAGAUUUUCGAAGUGUGGAUCCAUGCAUGCUUUUUUGGCUAAUAUUGCCCACAAUCCCUUGCUCGUUGUGGAACAACUACAAACAUGGCGGUGAGACAAACAGUGUUAUAUCAGUUCUUGUUACUUAACUUUAAAGGGAUACUUCACCCAAAAAUUUGAAUUCUCUGUUUACUCACCCUCAUGCCAUCCGAGAUGUGCAUUACUUUUUUCUUCUGCUGAACACAAAGAUUUUUAGAGGAAUAUUUCAGCUCUGUAGGUCCAUACAAUGCAAGUGAAUGCUGACCAGACCUUUGAAGCAUCAAAAAUCACAUAAAGACAGCAUAGAAGUAAUCCAUAGGACUCCAGUGGUUAAAUUAAUAUCUUCAGAAGCAACAUGAUAGGUGUGGGUGAGAAACAGAUCAGUAUUUAAGUCCUUUUUUAUUUUAAAUCUCCACUUUCACUUUCAUAUUCUUUCACAUUUUGAAAGUAAAAAUGGAGAUUUAUAGUAAUAGUUUUUUUUUUAUUUAUUUUUUUUAUUUAGAUUUGUAGGUAACCUCCACCUUAAUGUUAUAUUACUCGCAUUGUAUUUUCAUAACUUUUUUUAAAAGUCAUUUAUAUUUGUCGUGAAGUAGAAAGUGCCUUCUGAAAUUCGUGCCAUUCUGGUCAGUCACUGUACAUGCGCUGCUGAAGUCACGCAUGAAAUAAGCCGAGCAAACGCAAAAAAAUUGACAGUGUUUGACACAUACAUGAAACAAAUAUCUAUUACAGUAUAUAUCAAAUUAAAUUACACGUUAAAAAGAUUACAAUGCCGAAGAGUAGAUGUGUCAUAAUACAAACUGUGAAGCAGCUUGAAGGCUAAAGAGCUAAGCUUUAAAAUAAUAACGAAAUAUCACACUUUCCAUCACAAGUCAAAAUUCCAAAGAAACUCACCUGCUCAACAGUGGUACAGAGGGCCAAUGUAAAAGCUGCUCGCAAAUUGACAGUGGAUUAGCACAUUUCUGCAUUUAUUAUUAAUGACAGUAUUACCCAGAUAGCACACAUACAUCUGCAACUGUUUUAGAUCUUUUCAUCUGGAAAGCAUCACAUUCUGAUUAACAUCUGCUAAACAUCUUAAAAAGAUCUGAUUAACAAACAUUCUAAAUCAUAAAUAAUUCAAAGACAUCUGAUGAAUGUCUUACAGACAUAUUGCUGAGCAAACAACCUAAAAAAAAAACAAA